GCUGAUGCCGUGGAUAACAUUCGCUUAUACUGGAGAGCCCCGUCAGAUCCCUUAAUAAUCAACAUACCUAAUGGAAAACUCCGUGGAAAAGAUAAUGGGCAUUACUACAGCUACGAAUCGAUUCCCUAUGCCGAACCGCCAAUUGGUGAACUAAGAUUUGAGGCACCUCAACCGUAUAAUCAUCAAUGGACUGAGAUUUUCAAUGCCACUGAGACACCUGUAUCCUGCGUACAAUGGAACCAAUUUCAGCGUGGAAGCGACAAGCUAAUGGGCGAAGAAGACUGCUUAACCGUAAGCGUGUAUAAGCCAAAGAAUCCAAGUCGGGACCACUUUCCUGUUGUCGUUCUCCUGCAUGGUGGUUCCUUUAUGUUUGGUGGAUCCAGAAUAUAUGGACACAGUAACUUUAUGCAGGAAGGAACUAUGAUUGUAGUAAAAAUAAACUAUCGCGUUGGACCUUUGGGUUUCGCCAGCACUGGUGAUAAGGAUUUGCCGGGGAAUUAUGGACUGAAGGAUCAACGUCUAGCUCUACGAUGGAUUAAGGAAAACAUUAUACACUUUGGCGGUAUGCCCGAUAACAUUGUGCUCAUCGGCCACUCUGCUGGCGGGGCCUCAGCUCAUUUCCAUCUUCUGCAUGAGGAUUUUAGUCAAUUGGCUAAGGCAGCCAUUUCGGUGAGCGGUAAUGCACUUGAUCCCUGGGUUAUCCAUGAGAGUGGACGAGCCUUUGAACUGGGUCGAAUAGUCGGUUGUGGUGAGACCACGGACUCUGCAAAACUUAAGAAAUGUUUAAAGUCCAAGCCAGCCGGUGAAUUGGUCUCCGCUGUUCGCAGCUUCCUCGUGUUUUCCUAUGUGCCCUUUAGUCCCUUUGGACCUGUUAUAGAGCCGAAAGAUGCACCCGAGGCUUUCCUUACCCAACAUCCCAUAGACAUCAUCACAAGUGGUAAGUUCGCGCAAGUCCCUUGGGCUGUGACAUAUACCUCUGAGGAUGGAGGCUAUAAUGCUGCGCAGUUGUUGGAAACAAAUCAAACCACUGGAGAGACAUGGAUUGAUACACUCAAUGACCGAUGGUUUGACUGGGCGCCUUACUUGCUAUUCUCCCGGAAUUCCAUGAAAACUGUUAGGGAUAUGGAUGAGUUCUCUAGGAACAUUAGACAGCAGUAUUUAGGAGAUCGACGAUUCAGCGAGGAAAGCUAUUUGGAUCUGCAGCGGAUGUUCACUGAUAUUCUUUUCAAGAACAGCGUGCCAAAAUUAAUAGAUCUUCACCGGAAAUAUGGCAAAAGUCCUGUCUAUUCGUUUGUCUACGAUAAUCCAUCUGAUGUCGGAGUGGCGCAGCGGCUAUCCAAUCGCACUGAUAUACAUUUCGGAACUGUCCAUGGAGAUGACUUUUUCUUGAUAUUUAACACCACGACAUUUCGAAAAACCAUUCGUCCAGAUAAAGAGGAUAUUUCGAAAAAGUUCAUUAAGAUGCUGGAGGAUUUUGCACUUAACGAUAAGGGAACUUUGACAUAUGGCGAGUGCAAUUUUCAAAAUAAUAUGAACAGUACAAAAUAUGAGGUGCUUCGAAUAACACGAACCGGUUGCAAGAACGAGCAAUAUGAACAGCUUCCCUAA